UAGUUGAAACUGCGGUGUACUAACGAAACAUAGAAAGGAAAACCGCACACAAACCUAGCUCCGCGAAUAGUAUAAUAGAAUCCAUAAGUGUGUAUUGAACAUUAAAAGAAAGAAAUUCAGUCUCAGUUUAAUAGGCAUUUGUUCGCAUACAGUUCGUAACGAUUCUCUCUCUGUGUCGAUUUUGGAAGUGAAAUUCUGUUUGGAUUGUGUAGAGAGGCAAAAAAAAUAAGAAUUGUGGUGCCCAUUUUCCAUUUUCCAAUAAAUUGGUGGAGACAAGGCAGUCGAUAACAACGCGAUUGAAUUUGUCAACACGGUCUAAAAAGAGAGAGAGAGAGAGAGUGUGUGUGUGGCAGAGAAUCAGGAAGGGAAAAACGAGAACAUCAAAUUUAGACGAAGUACUAGUGUGUGAUAAUUAAAAAUGUCGGCUGAACGUGAAAUUGCAGCUGAGGAUAGCAUUAGAGUGGUGUGUCGUUUUCGGCCGCUAAACGAUAGCGAAGAAAAAGCUGGAUCCAAAGUUAUUGUCAAAUUUCCAAAUACGCAGGAAGAAAAUUGUUUAACGAUCGGGGGGAAAGUUUAUUUAUUCGAUAAAGUAUUUAAACCAAAUGCCAACCAAGAAAAAGUCUACAACGAAGCAGCGAAGUCCAUUGUUAGCGAUGUACUUGCUGGUUACAAUGGAACGAUCUUCGCCUACGGUCAGACCUCUUCCGGUAAAACGCACACGAUGGAGGGUGUUAUCGGUGACCCAACGAAACAAGGUAUAAUUCCCCGGAUUGUGAACGACAUCUUUAACCAUAUUUACAGUAUGGAAGUGAAUCUUGAGUUCCACAUCAAAGUCUCCUAUUAUGAAAUUUAUUUGGACAAAAUCCGAGAUCUGCUUGAUGUGUCGAAAGUAAAUUUGAGUGUGCAUGAGGAUAAAAAUCGUGUGCCUUACGUAAAAGGCGCCACCGAGCGAUUCGUGUCCAGUCCCGAAGAAGUAUUUGAAGUAAUCGAAGAUGGGAAAUCGAAUCGUCACGUGGCCGUUACAAACAUGAAUGAACACUCAUCACGUUCGCAUUCAGUGUUUUUGAUCAAUGUGAAGCAAGAGAAUUUAGAGAAUCAGAAAAAAUUGUCGGGUAAAUUGUACCUGGUCGAUUUGGCUGGUUCGGAGAAGGUAUCAAAAACGGGAGCCGAAGGUGCUGUACUGGAUGAAGCGAAGAACAUCAACAAAUCACUCUCAGCGCUGGGCAACGUAAUUAGUGCAUUAGCCGAUGGCAAUAAAUCACACAUUCCCUAUCGUGAUUCAAAAUUGACGAGAAUCUUGCAAGAAUCUCUCGGUGGUAAUGCGCGUACAACAAUUGUGAUCUGCUGUUCGCCGGCCAGUUUCAAUGAAUCCGAAACCAAAUCCACACUGGAGUUUGGUAAACGAGCCAAGACCGUUAAGAACGUGGUGUGCGUGAACGAAGAGUUGACGGCCGAAGAAUGGAAGCGUCGCUAUGAGCGUGAAAAGGAGAAGAGCGGUCGACUCAAGGGGAAGUUGGAGAAGCUGGAACAAGAAUUGGCCAGAUGGCGUGCUGGAGAAAAGGUGUCGACGGACGAACAAGUAAACAUCCAAGACAUCAUGGAAGCAAGUACAUCGAAUCUGGAGACUGUCGAAGCCGACACUACUACCCGAGCCAGUUUACCCAAACCAGCCACGACCAUCAUGGAGGGCUCGAUUUCGAAUGAAGAACGCGCUCGCUUGGAGGCCGAACGCGAACGCUUGUACCAACAAUUGGAUGAUAAAGAUGAAGAAAUCAACCAGCAAUCGCAAUAUGUGGAAAAACUCAAAGAGCAAAUCAUGGACCAAGAGGAACUUAUUGCGAAUGCUCGUCGCGACUAUGAAAAUUUGCAGAGCGAAAUGGCUCGAAUUCAACAAGAGAAUGAGAGCGCCAAGGAAGAGGUAAAAGAAGUUCUUCAAGCGCUCGAGGAAUUGGCUGUUAACUACGAUCAAAAGAGCCAUGAGAUUGAGACCAAGAACAAGGAUAUUGAGACCAUCAGUGAAGAAUUGCAACAGAAACAGGCUUUAUUGAACACCACCACCACAGAAUUCCAACAACUCAAGGAUAUGUCGACGCAUCAGAAGAAACGAAUCAACGAAAUGCUCACCAAUUUGCUGCGCGAUCUCAGCGAAGUGGGUCAAUCGUUGAUCGUUGGAAACACCGAAAAUACCGUUGACAUGAAAAUCAACCCGGAAACCGUUGGAACCGGUAAAAUGGAGGAGGAAUUCACCGUUGCUCGACUUUACAUCAGCAAAAUGAAAUCAGAAGCCAAGAACUUGGCACAACGCUGUCAAAACUUGGAAUCCAAUCAAACUGAUUCGAACAAGAAAGUUUCGGAAUAUGAACGUGAGCUAAGCGAAUGCCGAUUACUUAUUUCGCAGCACGAGGCCCGUAUGAAAUCCUUACAGGAAUCGAUGCGUGAAGCGGAAAAUAAGAAACGCAGCCUUGAAGAGAAUAUCGAUGCACUGCGUGAAGAGUGUGCAAAAUUGAAGGCUGCCGAACACGUGUCAGCCGUCAAUGCCGAAGAAAAACAAAAAGCCGAAGAAUUGCGUUCUAUGUUUGACAAUCAAAUGGAUGAAUUGCGUGACGCCCACACAAAACAAGUAGCUGAACUGAGAGAUGAAAUUUCCGAAAAACAAGAAGUUAUUAAUGAACUUAAAGAUUUCAACCAGAAAAUGACACUCGCUCACCAACAACUCAGCAGCGAUUAUGAGAAAUUGAAGCAAGAGGAAGCCGAGAAAUCAACCAAACUACAAGAUCUCAUCCUAACGAACGAACGUCGUGAACAAGCUCGGAAGGACUUGAAGGGUUUGGAAGACACAGUUGCAAAGGAACUACAAACACUACACAAUUUGCGCAAAUUAUUCGUGCAAGAUUUGCAGGCUCGAAUUAAGAAGUCAGCCGCAGCCGAAGAGAAUGAGGACGAUGGCGGUUCGUUGGCACAGAAGCAGAAGAUUUCAUUCUUGGAGAAUAACCUAGAGCAAUUAACGAAAGUGCAUAAACAAUUGGUCCGAGAUAAUGCCGACUUGCGUUGCGAAUUGCCAAAGUUGGAGAAGCGUUUACGUACCACAAUGGACCGUGUAAAGGCCCUAGAAACGGCUCUGAAAGAGGCUAAGGAAGGUGCAAUGCGUGACCGAAAACGAUACCAAUACGAAGUAGACCGCAUCAAAGAAGCUGUCCGCCAAAAGAACUUGGCACGGCGUGGACCUCAGCCACAAAUCGCUAAACCGAUUCGAGCUGGACAGGGACACGUUCAGAGCGGCAUUCGAGGUGGUCAGGCGAAUCCGGUCGUGAAACCAGUCUUACCAAAAACCUUCUCACAAAAUUAAAAACCAACCAGUGAACGUUUGUCAAGAUGAUGAUGAUUAUGAUGAGGUGAAAUAUUGUGCUGAGAGUCUAGUAAAUCGACGAUAUUAAAGUAAAACACCUAAAACAAACUUUUACAAACUAUGAUAUGUCUGAGUUUAUGGAAGCCAAUUCAAAUAGGUCCCCAUUUACAUGCAAUAUAUCAUACGAAGAGCCUAAAAUUGGUCCGACAGUAACUCAAACGCACCAUAGAGAGUAAAACACAUUUUAACACAACAAAAAGCACACAAGCAAAGAACACAAACUAUUAACGCUAACGUAAAAAAACACUUCUUAUUAAGAGCUGAAUAAGCCGCAAUGAAAAACAAAAUUAUCAACAUGUAAUUGCAAAUUGAAGCUAUAAAUGCCAGUGCUGUAGAAUUAUUUGGAAUGAAAUACGAUUCAUUUUAUAAAAAGGAUUUGUUUAAAUGCAGAAAAAUAUAAAUAACAGACAAAAAACCGCAUAGAGAGCAGAACGCAAAUCGAACGGAACGAACGCGAUUCCGAUGGCUGGUGCAAAAAUAUAUAUAUUUAUUUAAUUAGAAUUGACUAUAAUAAUUAUAACUGAAAUGCAAAAAAAAAAAAAAUUAUAUGAAUAAAUGAACAAUUCAUUUUUUAUGACAAA